AUGAAGGAUGACAUUCAGAUAUGGAAUCUUGCUGCUAAUGGUCAAUUUUCUUUGGCUUUGGCUUAUUUGGCCCUUUUGGACCUGAGUUCUAGCAAUGCUCAUGGUUAUUGGGAUAUGAUGGUUUCUCGAAGCCUAAAAUCAUCCUCCAUGCAGUUCAUGCUUGUGUGGCAGCCUUUGAUACUCUUGCUAAAGUUGGGGAGAGCUUUUCGCAGAAAUUCUCUUUCAGCUACUGCAGGAGGUGUCUUUUGCAGUCAGAAUGGAGUUUGGUUGGGAGGAUUUUCGGUCAAGCUGGGCCAUUGUAAUGCUUUUAGAGCUGAACUUUGGGGUAUUUACACUGUUCAAAUUCUUCAUGUUUACGGGGAAGCUAAUGCUUUUGCUGAUCAUAUGGCCAACUUGGCUUUUGAUCAGAUAGAUCGUUUCAUUUGGUACGAUGGUCCCCCAUCAAAUGCAAGUCUUCUUCUAAAACCUCUACAAUAUCCUCGACGAGCAGGUGCCUACUAA